UCGACUAUUCCCAUCUCAGUUUCUUAAAUUUUUGCACCAUUGUUUUUUUUUCGAUUAUCUUUUAUUGCCAAAUUUUUCGUGUAUGGUCCCCCCAAAUUACAGAUACCAGAGCAAUGUUUAAGCGAAGCUGCACGCUCCUAGCCAAAGCACCACAGCAGCAGGUGCUCGAGUGGCUGGGCUCCAUCGAGACCAUACUCUUUGGGUCUGACGGAGUACUCUGGAAGUUUGAUGACCCCAUCAAGGGAUCUGUGGAAACCUUCAAUGCCCUGAGGGCCAAGGGGAAGCGCUGCUUCAUAGUGACCAACGAUUCCAGCAUGGUAGCGAGUGAACUGGCGCAGAAGGCCAUGUGCCUGGGCUUCAAAGUGGAGGAGAAGGAAGUUCUCAGCUCAGCGGCGUGCAUAUCCAACUAUCUGGUGGCCAAAAAGUUCAAUAAAAAGGUGCUAGUUGUGGGCGACACAGGCAUCCGCAAGGAGCUUGAGAAGGCGGGCAUCCAAUCCGUUACCACGGAUCAGGAGGCAGGAGAAGGUCAGAUGGGUCACUUUGCCCGACAAAUUGAAGUCGAUCCGGAUGUGGGAGCUGUGGUGGUGGGCAGAGACGAGAGCUUCAAUGUGUCCAAGAUUGUCGUGGCCGGCACCUAUCUGCUCAAUCCCAAGGUAUUGUUCCUGGGAACCUGCAUGGAUACCUACUACCCGGUGUGUGACAAACGUGUGACUGUAGGUGCCGCGGCCAUGGUGGCUGCCAUUGAAAAGAGCAGCAAACGGAAGCCCCUCAUCAUGGGCAAGCCCAAUCCUCAAAUGGUGAAUAAGCUAAGGCAGUCCGGAUCCCUUAAGCCGGAGAAAACCCUUGUAAUUGGAGAUCGGUUGAAUUCGGAUAUCAUCUUUGCCAGCAACUGCGGGUACAAAUCACUUUUAGUGGGUUCGGGAGCGGGUUCUCUCGAGGAAGCGCAGAAACUCCAAAAAGAAGGCAAUGAGAAAAAACUGAAGAUGGUUCCGGACACGUAUUUGCCCAGCUUGGGUCAUUUAAUGGAUUAUCUGUGUGUGGAUGAGAAAAGUAAAGAAAGUGAUGAGGGUAAAGCCGGAAAAAAAGGCUGUCGACAACAAAGAAAAUAAGGCUACAGUAGCAUAAUGCGAGAUUAGUGUCAUUUUAAAUGUUCGCGCGAAAGUCAAGCAGCUGUCUUGAAGCAGCCAACCUUUUACAACACUAGCUAAAAUAAAUAUCGAUGAAUCGAUAGAAGACUGCUUCAA